AUGGGUUGCAAUCCAAAUUGUGCCUUGCUCACAGUGGCAACCAUUGGGGCAGUGCUGGCCGUCCUAGGAGGAAUUCUCAUCCCGGUUGGAAAUCACUUCAUUGACAAGACAGUAAAAAAGGAAGUUGUCAUUGAAAAUGGUACCAUCGCCUACGAGAACUGGGUUCUUCCGGGAAGUCCCGUAUACCGGGAGAUUUGGGUUUUCGAUGUACAGAACCCAGAGGACGUAAUGCAGAACGGUUCUGCGCCGAUUCUUAAGCAGAAAGGCCCGUACACUUACCGGAUGCGCUAUAUUCCCAAGGGAAACAUCACGGAUCACAAAGACGGCACCCUGUCUUACCUCCAGCCAAAUAUUUUCAUGUUUCAACCUGAUAUGUCAGUUGGGCCGGAAAAUGACACUUUCACCACCGUCAACCUUGCUGUUGUGGCUGCCCCGGCUUUGUAUAAAAACAGAUUUAUGCAAUACUUGAUGAAUAUCUGGAUGAGAUCAGCAAAAUCAAGAUUCCUCCAAACUAGAACUGUGAAAGAAAUACUUUGGGGCUAUGAAGAUCCUUUCUUGAAAAAAAUCCCUAUUAUAAAAAUGGACAAAGUUGUUGGAAUAUUCUAUCCUAGCAAUAAAACCUUUGGUGGCCCUUACAAGAUUUAUAGUGGGAAAGAUGAUAUAAACAAGAAAGGAAUAAUCAUCACUUAUAAUAAUAGCAGGAACCUCAAAUACUGGACAAGUUAUUGUAACAUGGUGAACGGCACAGAUGGGACUGCGUUCCACCCUUUUGUCAAAAAGAGUGAAGAGCUGUAUUUAUUUUCUUCGGAUGUUUGCAGGUCCACCUACGUAUUAUUCGAUAGGGAUGUGACGAUGAAAGAGAUCCCGCUGUAUCGCUUCAGUGCCCCUGCUUCGGCUUUAGCUUCAUCCCUCACCAAUCCUGACAAUAUCUGUUUCUGCACCGAAAGGGUGGUAAGCAGGAACUGUACCACCGAUGGAGUCCUGGAUAUCAGCUCCUGCAAACAAGGGAAACCAGUCUACGUCUCCUUGCCCCAUUUCCUGUAUGGAAGCCAGAUGAUUUUUCAAUUUGUGAAGGGGAUGGAGCCAAACGUGGAAGAACAUACCACCUUUCUGGAGGUGGAACCGGUAAGCGACUGCAAAUUUUAUGUGGUGGGGCUUAGUUUUGGGGGGAGGAAAAUAAGACGAGAAAAAAUUCUGCCUCUGCCUCCCAGCAUCCAUCGGUAUUCAGCGCUAAAAAACAUCAAACAUUAUUUUUACUUUCCUGUUUUGUGGCUGAAUGAGACGGCGACUAUCAGUGACAAGAAAGCAGAAUUUUUCCGAUCGAAAGUGACCAACAAGAUCAAGCUACUGAACCUCGUCCAACUGAUGCUAAUGAUUGCCGGUUCGGUGAUGUUCCUUGGAUUCCUAUUCGCUUUCUUCAUGUGCAAAGGGAAGAACCCUAAAUGAGUUAAGUCAGGUUUAGAACUUAAGAUCUCUUAAUUGAUUCAUUGGUUCGGAAGCCGUCUCGGUUCCACCAGGUUCUGGGUUCCAUGGGACCCUGAAAAUAGUGUGUAGCGAGAAACGAGGAAAAGAACAAUAAUUCCAGCUAAUAGAUAAUAUUCUGCAUGAGCUUCACACCCAGCGCCUGGGGAACCAGCCAGAUUUUCAAACUUCGAGAGUGAUGCAGAACUUUGGAAAGAUUGCAAGGCAGGUGCCAUGUCACAAAUGGCCACUUCUUAGCAGUUUUGUUGUUAAACAGGGUAAUUUGCAAGUGCGACUCACUUAACGAAUGCUUCACUUAGCAACAGGACCUCCUGUAUUUUCCCAUAUAGCA